AUGACGACAAAACGAAGCCGGUCGCUAUUGAUACCUGAAAGAAAAAACGAAAUCCUUCAGAGGAUAGACAGAGGUGACCAUUAUAGAGUCAGAGCAAAAAAGUAUGGCAUUGCAAUUUCCACCGUGGCCAAUAUAAAAACAAGGGCAGAAGAGUUAAAACAAUCUCUCCGGAUAAAUUCACCGGCUGCUACAAGUUCCACAAAACAUUUAAGAAAGGCACACAGUAUGAAUUUAGGAAAAGUUCUUUAUCAGUGGUACAAACGAUGUAAAGAUAAUAAUAUACAAAUAACAGGAAUACAGUUACGCAAAAAAGCUCUGGAGCUUAAUAAAAAAAUUAACGGAGAUCCUACAUUUAGGGCUAGUCACGUUUGGAUGUCAAGCUUUAAAGCAUGUAACUUUAUCGAUGUUACGGAAUCCAGAAAUUUCCCAACGCCAGAUAAAGCUGCAGUGGAUAACUUCAAAGCUGAGUUUAUAACAUUUCUGCAAAACGAGGGGUGCACAUUGGAGCACGUUUACAAUGCCAAUUACACAGCAAUAAUGUGGAAAGCAGCACCAGAGAAAACUUUGAUUUUUCACCGUGGGAAAUCGACAUCAAGCAAAAAAAAGUGCGAAGAUCAUAUUACUACACUUUUUUGUGCAAAUGCUACCAGAUAUACCAAUGCCUUGAUGGACAGUACCAUCUUUAAUCAGUGGUUCGAAAAACAUUUCUUAAAAUCAGUUAAAGAAAAACAACUGAAAAACGGGCGCAGGGAGAAAACGUUGUUGUUACUAGGUAAUGUUCACUCGCGUCACGAUCUCGAGGAACUAAAUAAAAAAGAUAAAUUCGUUACAGUCAAGAGAUUUCCAUGUGACGUUACACCACUCAUAGAACCAAUGGAUCAUGGAAUAAUCACAUGUUUCAAGCGAAAGUACAGAAAAGAAUUGAUGAAAACAUUUAUGCCACUACCUAUCUACAAUAAGGAGGAAGAAGUGAUAGAACUCUAUAAAGAAUUAAGCAUGUGGUAUUGCUGCCGUAUUGUACAUGUUGCUUGGUCAUAUGUCGACGAUGCAAUAAUGAUAAAUGCGUGGGACAGUCUUUUGAAGCAUAAAAUCAUGUGGAAAGGGGAAUACACAGAAAAAAGGGAAACUAACGUAUUUAAAACACUUCAAUUGCUGCAUAGCUUACCUGGAUGCGAACGGUAG